AAGCCCUCAGCCUCCAACGACGGAGGAGCGGAAAACAUUCAGACUUUCUUCCUCGGUUCUCCCUUUCUAGAAUCUUCCAAAUUCAAACUUCCUUUUCUUACAACUUUACUAAUAACUCACUCAGUAGCAAGAACGAGUCAUGGAAUCCAAACCCGAUCAAAAUAUCAAGCUCCUCUGUAGUUACGGCGGCAAAAUUCGCCCACGCACCACCGACGGCGAACUGCGUUACGUCGGAGGCCACACCAGAGUACUCACCGUCAACCGUUCGAUCUCCUUUUCAGAAUUGAUGGUCAAACUUACUGAAUUUUGCGGUUCGUCCGUAAUCUUGAAGUGUCAAUUACCCAAGGAAAACUUGGAGACCCUGAUUUCCAUCACCAACGACGAAGAUCUCGCUAACAUAAUCGAAGAAUACGAUCGUGCCUCGUUGAAACUGGUGCAUCCAAUGAAGAUCAGAGCCGUUCUCUUGCCGCCGAGGUCGGUGAAGAAGGUUUCGUCCACUUCGACGUUGUCCUCGGCAUCGUCCAGCGCUAGUCCCUCUCCGUCCAGAUCGCCUCACACUUCCGCCGAAUCCCUGCCAUACGCGGCGGCGUACCGCCACGGAUGCAAUCACCGGACUCCGCUGUUGCCGGCUGCGUACGCUAUCGGCGUGCGUAACGGCUCUGCGAAGGCCUGUUGCUACACGCAGUUCGGUGGAAAUCAUAGAUUUUGGCGUCGUGGACCUCACCGCUAUAAUUACUGCCACUGAGGGCAGCCGAUAUAUUCAUAUAGUAAAUACAGUCGCAGAAGAAUCGCGAAUACGAAACGGAUUCCCAUACAUGAUAUCAUGAUGACGAAAAUAUCAAAAGCACCAAAAAAACGAAAAGAAAAAAAAAUGAGAGAGGGUUGUGAAAUACAAUUAUUUUUUUUUUCAAUUUUGAAAAAAAAAAAUAGAUAUCGAUGAAUUGAGGUUCAAGUUUUUCCAAUUAAGCCUAAAUUUAUUUUUCGAAUGUUAAUACCUUUUCGGGACUCUGUUUUUUCAACGGUUAGGGUUCCGUUAACCACCGUCUGACACGAGACCACGAUUCCUCUGAGGCGUUACACGUGUUGCUUUUGGCAGUUUCGAGUGUUAACUGUGGCCACACGCGUUCAAUUUUGUACGACACGAUUAUUUAAGUGGGUCGAUAAACGACGGAGACAUUGUAGCGGGACAUGUGGGGAUUGUGGAAAAUGACAAAACCUUGAACCUUCUUGAAAUUGGGGUUUCAGGGUAUUACGAAAGAAAAGAAAUGCCAUAAUAUUAUUUGGUAAAGUUAUCGUAUAAAGAAAGGUUGAAUUAUAAAUAGAAUAAAAUAUAAUGAAAGGUAUAAAAAUUGCAAUAAUAAUAUUGUGAACAAAACCGGAAGAUAGGGUCUGGUGGAGCAAGUCGGCAAGUUGGUUAGCUGAAAAUGACACGAAUGAGGCAUAUUUCUGGUAGUCUUUUGAUGGGUUCAAUUCAACAGCUCUCAACUUUAUCCGAUGAUUGGACGCGGUUCAGGAAUAUAUAGAAAAAUAAGAUUAAAGUAAGAAUCUGCCCCACCAUUGCUGGAAAAGAUGAAAAUUCAAUAAAACAAUAUACAUGGAGAAAGAGAAGGCCAUGGCCCAAAUAAUCCAUUAGGGGUGACCAUUGAAUUCGGGCACACAAAAGUUUGGUCGAGCUGAGGAAUAACUCAAAACAUGAGAAGUGCUGCGCAGGUGUCGUUAAACUUGAACGUCAAACAAAAGUAUCUAUAAUAUUUUAAACAAAAUUGGAUUAAUUUGUUUAUAUAAAA